GAUCAAUUUCCAAAUACUCACAAGGUUACCGUGUCAAAAUCAGUUACUUGUUACAUAUCACACAAAACUUACUGAUAAAAAAUCAAGUUAGCAUAAACAUGACCAUUAAUUGUAAAUUCCCUUGCGAAGGUUCGACACGACACGAACGCUACCUGAUAUCGAUGCCUUUUAGACUACAAAACUGAAAAUUUGAUGAGAAUUGGAAGCUGCAAAUAAAGGACUGUCGCGCUCUCAAAUUAAUUUACACAACCCCUUGAAAACUCUGGAGUCUAGCAUUUGAGAACAUAUAUAUGUGGUUGUCCUAAAUUCAUGAUCAUCUUCAAUAUCCCAUAAGCAUAUAUUUUGGUCAUGGAUUUUCUUUCCAGCCUGCCUUUAGCUAAGAUAGCAAUAAGUUUACCGGUACUUGUUCUUUUAGCAGUAUUUUUGUGGCCGGAGAAGAACAAGAGAUACCCUCCUCUUGCCGGAACCGUCUUACACCAACUGAUCAACUUCCACAGGGUGCACCAUUACAUGACUGAGCUUGCCUACAAAUACAAAACUUACAGAAUGCUUAGCUUGUUCAGAAUUAUUGUUUACACUGCAGAUCCUGCAAAUGUGGAAUACGUGUUCAAAACAAACUUUGCGAACUAUAGCAAGGGAUUGUACCUGCAUGAAAUUCUGUCUGAUUAUAUGGGAGAUGGGAUCUUUGCUGUGGAUGGGGACAAAUGGAUGCAUCAGAGGAAGGCAUCAAGCUCUCAGUUCUCAACCAAAGUACUCAGGGACUUCAGCAGUGAAAUCUUCAAAACAAAUGGAUUGAAACUGGCUGGCAAAAUUCAUCAAGCUGCAAACUGUAGCAAAUCAAUAGAUAUCCAAGAUUUGUUUAUGAAAUCAACCUUGGAUUCAAUCGUCAUGAUUCUACUUGGUUUCGAUCUAGACACCUUGUCUGGAACAAACAAUGAAGAAAGUAUCCAGUUUUCAAAUGCUUCUGAUGAAUCAAAUGGAGCUACCCUUUAUCGUGUUUUUGAUAUCUUCUGGAAGAUUAAACGGUUCUUGAACAUUGGAUCCGAAGCAAUGAUAAAAGAAAACAUAAAAGUGGUGGAUAAAUUUGUAUACAAUCUAAUCAACAGGAAGAUUGAAACACUUCAAAAUUCAGAAGAUGAUGAGUUACCUUUAAAGAAAAGUGACUUUAUCUCUAGACUCAUUGAAACUAGGGAGACUGAUCCAAAGUACUUGAGAGACAUGGUCUUCAAUUUUAUUGCUGCCGGCAAAGACACAACUACAUCUGCUCUUUCAUGGUUUAUUUAUAUGAUGUGCAAGCAUCUUGAUAUACAAGAUAAGAUUGCACAGGAAAUUAGAGAAGCAACAGGCCUGAAUAAUACUUCAAGCCCUGAUGAACUUGCAGCCAACCUUACUAAAGAAGCCCUUAGCAAAAUGCAAUAUCUCCAUGCUGCUUUGAAUGAGACACUCAGACUCUAUCCUGCAGUUCCAAUGAUAGCUAGGGGUUGUUUUUCUGAUGAUACUUGGCCAGAUGGACAUAGUGUGAGAAAAGGAGAACUAGUGAUAAUCCAACCUUAUUCAAUGGGCCGGAUGAAGUUCAUAUGGGGCGAUGAUGCAGAAGAGUUCCGGCCAGAGAGAUGGCUUGACGGAAAUGGCAAUUUCAAGGAAGAAAGCCCUUUCAAAUUCAUAGCCUUCAAUGCCGGUUCAAGAAUUUGUCUGGGAAGGGAUUAUAGCUAUCUCCAAAUGAAGAUAUUCACUGCUGUGCUUUUCAGCAAAUACAUAUUCAAGCUCACUCACGAGACAAAAGUGGUGAAUUACAAGACGAUGAUCACGCUCGAAAUCGAUGGAGGUCUUCAUGUUCAUGCCUUUCCAAGAGUUUGA